CGAGACAACGCACAGGCCCCUUUCACGUGGUCAUUCGGGUUCAACUUCCGGUCAGGGCAAAACAUUGCUUCGGGUACCAUUUCACUUGAGAGUUGAUAUCAUUUGACAUCCCAUAAUAACAUCAAAGUUAACUGGAGUACGUUAAGUCUACAGUUUUUGGUGUCAAUAUGGUUCAUUUUUGUUGCGCCGUCGGCUGUCAAAACCGUGCAGGCGGUCGCAAAGAAGUAACUUUUCACCGAAUAGCACCAGAUGAGCGUCGUUGGCAAUUAUGGGUGCCUGGAUGCAGUGACGAAGGAGCAACGUCAAGAUAUGAUGAUGAUGAUGAUAUGAUUCUGAACACUCUCCAAGUGCAGACAUUUGAAGAUGCUCAAGAAGACUGCGAAGCCAUCUUUUUCUUUCUUUCUUGGAAGCGCAAGUUCGAGUACUGCUGGCAAGCGCGACCUGAAUAAAAACAGCAACAACAGACUGGGAGGAGGGGGGUAGCAGAGAAUAAAACCAGCUCAUCCGGAGAGGGGCCGCGCAUUCGGGAGCGAGAUGGCUAACGGAAAGCUUCGGCUGCUCCUCCACGGACUCUUGGUCGUGGCGGCGAUUCGACCUUCCCUGCAAGGAGGUGUGUACGCGCCGCCCGGUGCGGGGAUCGGAACUGGACCAGUAAACGGGUUUCUUCCAGGUGCUUAUGGAGCUGGAGGGCAAGGCGGAGGACCAGGCGGUCUGGUGCCAGGAGGCGUUGGCCAGACUGGAUUGGGUGGCGGAGGACUCGGAGCAGGACAAGGUGGGAAAGGACCUAAACCAGGUUAUGGCAAUCUUGGAGUCGGGGGCCUUGGGGCUGGGCGUCUCGGAGCUGGGGGCCUCGGAACUGGGGGCCUCGGGGCUGGGGGUCUCGGAGCUGGGGGCCUCGGAACUGGGGGCCUCGGAGCUGGGGGCCUCGGAGCUGGGGGCCUCGGGGCUGGGGGUCUCGGAGCUGGGGGCCUCGGAGCUGGGGGUCUCGGAGCUGGAGGCCGAGGCGGCGGUGGUUACGGAGGAUAUGGUGGCGUCCCAGGUCGAUUCUUCCCUGGAGCUGGACAGAAGGCCGGCAAAAGAGGCGCUGGAGGCCAUCUGCUACCAUUCGGAGGAACAGGAACUGGAACAGGAACUCUUCCCGCUGGAGGCCCCGUUAUCCCCCAGACAGGCUUCCCGGGAGGGGCUGCUGCAGGAUCAGGGAAGAAAGCUUCCAAAGUACCAGGUGUGGGUGUGCCAGGGCUUUAUCAAGGCGGUCUGGUACCAAUGAAUGGUUUUGGUAGCCGCGGAGUUCUUCCGGGAGUUGCCACUGGCAACGGCCUUAGUCAAAAAUCACUUGGAGCAGGAGGGCAAGGUGGGGCAGGACCAGGCUACGGCGGGCAGAUGCAACCUGGAGUGUUCCAUGGCUACCCUCUGAAAUCGCCCAAAACACAAGGUGGCCUCGGAGCAAAACCCGGAGGAGGAAAACUUCCUUUCGGCUACGGGGGGUUCGGUAAUCAAGGAGCUGGACUUCCAGGAGGUAAAGGUGGCUCUGGGUCGAAGCCUGGUUUUCCUAUUGGAACCGGAGUCGGCACAGCUGGCCUCUCGCCUGCACAGGCUAAAUCUGCCAAAUAUGGUUUGGGUGGUCUUGGUGGUAUUGGGGCCGGUGCUGGUGGUUUUGGUCCCGGCGCAGGUGGUUUUGGUCCCGGCGCGGGUGGUUUUGGUCCCGGCGCGGGUGGAUUUGGACCCGGCGCAGGUGGUUUUGGUCCCGGUGCUGGCGGGUUCGGCGGUGUCGGUGGCGCAGGUGGACAAUAUCCAGGGCAGAUACCAGGAGCAGGAGGCUACGGACCUGGAUCCAAAGCUUCUAAGUAUGGUGGGGUUCCGGGUGGCGUACCAGGUGGUGUCCCAGGUGGCGUGCCAGGUGGUGUUCCUGCUGGAGUACCAGGUGGUGGAUAUUUACCAGCAUCUAAACCGGCUAAAUAUGGUGGUGUAGCAGGGGGUGUUCCAGGUAGUGUACCAGGUGGUGUGCCAGGUGGUGUACCAGGUGGUGUACCAGGGGGUGUUCCAGGGGGUUUUCCAGGCGGCGUACCAGGGGGUGUACCAGGUGGUGUACCAGGGGGCGUUCCAGGGGGUUUUCCAGGCGGCGUACCAGGGGGUGUACCAGGAUUUGGUGGAUCUCUACCAGCAGCCAAAGCAGCUAAAUAUGGUGGGGUACCAGGUGGCGUACCGGGUGGGGUACCAGGCGGGGUACCAGGCGGCGUACCAGGAGGUGGCGCAUAUGGUGGUGUGCCAGGAGGCGUGCCGGGUGGGGUACCAGGAUUUGGUGGUCAAACAGGAGCCAAGGCUGCUAAAUACGGAGCAGGACUGGGUGGAGUACCACGUGGUGUUCCAGGUGGAGUACCAGGCGGUGUACCAGGAGGAGUGCCAGGCGGUGUACCAGGAGGAGUACCAGGUGGUGUACCAGGCGGUGUACCAGGAGGAGUACCAGGUGGUGUACCAGGCGGUGUACCAGGUGGAGUAGCAGGAUUUGGUGGAUAUCAACCAGGAGCCAAAGCAGCUAAAUAUGGUGGCGUACCAGGUGGUGUACCUGGUGGCUUUCCUGGUGGUGUACCAGGUGGCUUCCCUGGGGGUGUACCAGGUGGCGUACCUGGUGGCCUUCCAGGUGGUGUACCAGGUGGCGUACCAGGUGGCUUCCCUGGUGGUGUACCAGGUGGCGUACCUGGUGGUGUACCUGGUGGCCUUCCAGGUGGUGUACCAGGUGGCGUACCUGGUGGUGGAUACUUACCUUCAGCCAAAGCAGCUAAAUACGGAGGCGUACCAGGUGGCUUUGCUGGUGGUGUACCAGGUGGCGUACCAGGUGGCGUACCAGGUGGCUUUCCUGGUGGUGUACCAGGUGGCUUUGCUGGUGGCCUUCCAGGUGGCGUCCCAGGUGGUGUACCGGGUGGUAUUCCAGGUGGUGGAUAUUUACCAUCAGCCAAAGCAGCUAAAUAUGGAGGUGUGCCAGGUGGCGUUCCUGGUGGCGUACCUGGUGGCGUUCCUGGUGGCGUACCUGGUGGCGUUCCUGGUGGCGUACCUGGUGGCGUACCUGGGGGUGUACCAGGUGGCGUACCUGGUGGCGUUCCUGGUGGCGUACCUGGUGGCGUACCUGGGGGUGUACCAGGUGGCGUACCUGGGGGUGUACCUGGUGGUGGAUAUUUACCAUCGGCCAAAGCAGCUAAAUAUGGUGGAGUACCAGGUGGCGUCCCUGGUGGCGUACCAGGUGGCGUGCCAGGUGGCGUACCUGGGGGUGGAUAUUUACCAUCGGCCAAAGCAGCUAAAUAUGGGGGGGUACCCGGCGGCGUACCAGGAGGGGUGCCAGGUAGCGGGCUCCCUGGAGGAGCACCGUUUGUAAUGCCAGGAGGAGUUCCCAGAUUUCCAGGAACUGGAGCAGGUGCAGGAGGAAGGUUCGGAACAGGAGUACUGGGAGGAACAGGAGUGGGAGGAGUAUCUGGUUUGGCCCCAGGAGGUGGUGCAGGGGGGCAGUACUCCCCUGCUGCAAAAGCUGCUAAAUACGGAGGAGCUGGAGCAGGGUUAGGAGCUGGAGGACUGGGAGGAACAGGUGCAGGAAUAGGAGGAGUCCCAGGGAGAGUCGGAGGCGGACAAUUCUCUCCUGCUGCAAAAGCCGCUAAAUAUGGAGGAGCACAAGCAGGGUUGGGAGCAGGAAACCUGGGAGGACUGGGAGGAACAUUUGGUGGAGGGCCCGGUUUGGUACCAGGAGGAGUCGGAGGAGGACAAUAUCCUGCUGCUGCUGCUGCUGCUGCUGCUGCUGCAAAAGCUGCUAAAUAUGGCGUGAGAGGGGGAGCAGGAGCAGGAUUAGGAGCCGGAGGAGUCCCGGGUUUGUUACCAGGAGGUGUUGGAGGCGGGCAGUACGCUCCUGCUGCAAAAGCUGCUAAAUAUGGAGGAGCAGGAACAGGAUUAGGAACAGGAGGACUCGGUGGGGCAGGUGUGCAAAUACCCGGCUUUCUACCAGGAGGAUUCGGAGGUACGCAAUAUUCUCCCGCCGCUGCUGCCGCAAAAGCUGCUAAAUAUGGCGGAGCAGGAGCAGGGUUAGGAACAGGAGGACUGGGAGCAGCAGGAGUGGGAGGAGUACCUGGUUUGGGACAGGGAGGACUUGGAGGUCCUCAGUACUCUGCUGCUGCUGCGAAAGCUGCCAAAUAUGGGGUUUCAACAGGAGGUGGAGGAAGAGGAGUCGGACCGGGACCAGUCGGAGGCGACGUUUCUGGAGUGGGUCUUGCCGUGCCAGGAGCAACACCGCUGACCGCAGUCGGCGGACUUCCCGACGGUUCUGCGGUCGCCGUGCCGGGGGCCACCGACGUCGCUGUUGCUGGAAAGCCAUCAAAGGAUGUCGGUCCUUCUGGAACUCCUGGUCCAGCUGGUGCAAAAGGUCAAACUCCAACUGGUGCUGGAACAGGAAUUGGCACGAGCGGAGUCGGUUCCCCUUAUGGAGGUCCUUACGGGCCUGGAACUGGUAGUGGACCCGGAAUCGGAGCAGGAGAUGCAGUCCUGCCUGGUGCAAAGCCCUUAACACCUCCCAUCGUUGGGGGCGCAGGAGGAGGAGCAGGAAUCCCGCUGGCGGCAGGAGGCUAUCAAGGCGCUUUUCCGUAUCCCUCCGCAGUCGGACUGGGCGGCGCUGGGGGAGGAGCUAAAGCACCGAAACCAGGUGGUUACGUCCCGGCCCCGCUGACCCCUCAGCAAGCCAAAGCAGCAAAGUACCUCGGGAAUCCGCUGCAAGGCUUCCUGGGCGCUGCGGCGGGAGGAGGAGCCUACAGAGGCGGAGCAGCAGGAGCGUGCCAGGGCAAAUACUGCGGCAGGAGGAAGUAGACGUCCUCCCGGUGCGCGACGGGGCCUGAAGGAAACCAUGGUGCUACUGCAUGAACUAGAAUGUACAUUUUAGAACAUAAACAUCCAGUGUUGUUUUUACUUACUUGACUUCGUCUGCUCUUAUGCAAACCCACCGACCAAGAGUUUUGUACCCCCCCCAAUGCGGCAUUUAAUACCGACAGUGCCUUCGAUCAUAAAUGUGUGAACGUCACUUGGCUUCCAAGCAUCCUUUUCUGCACCGGUGCAGCUCACGCUCGUCCGUGUGCAAACAAUGAAGUUCGGCAGGGGCCUUCCCGUUCCGUUUUCAAUCGAGCCGCAACGUGACCCGUGACCCGUGAGAAGGUUGCUUUUUUGUGGGCCUCGUCCGGGGCCCUCCUCCUUCUCCCUCGCCGCUAUUUUUAGCCGCAGCGGGUAUAAAGUCCUGGCGAAUCGGACCCCAGCCGGCCCAUCUGUUCUCAUUGACUUUUUUUUUUUAAAUGCUGAUUCUCUCGACAAACGCUUUAUUAAGAUGGGUCUCUGAAAACAGUGCUGCCGUUUCUACUUUUAUCCCGGAAAGUUUUGGAUUUUCGCGCAUCUGCUCGGUGACGCUUUUCCUUCCCCUCGAGCGGCAUUUCAGGAGGUUAUUUACAUUUUACGUGAUAACGUUCGUUCAAGCUUCUAACACAUAUUGAUAUUAUAACUGUGUGAAAAUGCAGUCAAGAUCUAUCCCUUUGCAUUUAUUCAUGAAUUGUAGUCCAGGAUAACUUGUAUUUAACGGGUGUAUCCGAGCCCCGUCGUUCAUUGACUGGAGCCGCUUCGGAGGAAGAACAAAACAAAAGUAAAAAGUGGAAAAAAAGCCCAAUUGACCAAAGGUUCGUUCACGGGUGCUGUUGCCAAGUGACCCCUUUUUUUCUUUCCGUAUUUGUGUACUGUAUUUUGUACUAAUAUGAAAGUUGCUGGCAUUGGUUCAUCCACUCUGAGCUGUGUGAGAAGUGUCUUUGAACCUCACUGGGUCAGACGUGUGACGUGGGUUACGCUUCGUCUUUAUUUAAAACUAUUUCUGUAUGGAGGAACUUUGUGGUUUUGCACUUUUUU